AUGAAAUUGGUCCCUGACCCGCCCGAUCUGGAUGCCUGGAGAGAGAAGCUUUUCAAUAUAGAUGAGGUGAUCACUCUAAGUGAGGAGCAAUUCCAAACCUACUUCCCUCAUAUCGACAACGUCUACUCCCAUCGCUCCACUCAACGCUACAAGCGCAAGCCUUUCGUCUCCCACUACUGGGACUGCAGACUCAAGGGCCGACCUCCAGGGACCCCCAAAUCCGAAGACCCAAACAAGAAGAAGCGCAAACGGACAGCCAGACAGAGAGACCUAUGCGACGUGAAAAUCAAGAUCACCGAAUACUUCCCGGGAUUUGGCGUGGUUCCUAGCAGCCCUCCAGAAUUCAUUAGUGGAAAUGGCGCAGAUUCUUUCCCUCCAACAUCGGAAUUACUACCUGGCGUGAAUACGUUGUUCAGUCACCCCAAUGGCGAUGAACAAGAUGGCUCUGGUAGGAGAGCCAGCCAGCCCUUUGGCGUGCUCACCCCGAAUCCCACGUUACCAGCCGGACAUCCAGGCGCAAAUGGAGAGCGGUAUUUUACAAUUCAACGUGUCAAUGGCAAUGGGGCCAACGGAAAGAGUGAUGGCGUGGGUGGUGGCCAUCGGCAUACACUGGAGGAAAGCGACCGGGUAAAGAAGAACAGUGUACAGCGACAUCUCUUGAAGGGAAUCAAAGAGAAAAAGAAGCCAGUCUCGGUAUCCAUGUCUGUUCAAGACCCAACACAGCAAAAAACGUACCAUACAAAAGCGACCGGGCUGGCUGCAACGACCGCCAUCAAUCACGCCAAGGAAAAUGAUCUGAAAUUAUAUGGAAGUUGCUUCUGCCCUUUUGUGCAGCGUGUAUGGAUAGCUUUGGAACGGAAAGGCAUCCCGUACCAGUACAUUGAGGUAGAUCCGUAUCAAAAACCCCAAUCGCUGCUGGAGGUGAACCCGCGAGGGCUUGUUCCGGCUUUGCGACACGGUAAUUGGGGUUGCUAUGAGAGUACCGUGCUGCUCGAAUAUCUCGAAGACUUGAACAUAGGUACACCACUCCUCCCUCCAGGAGAUCCGCAGCUGCGUGCUCAUUGCCGGAUAUGGACGGACCAUAUCAAUCGUCACAUCGUACCGACAUUUUAUCGUGUUCUUCAAGAGCAAGACCAGGAGAAACAAAUCUCGAAUGCGCAGGAACUUCGAGACAGCCUCAAUACGCUGGUCACUGCUGCCCAUGUCCAUGGUCCGUUUUUCUUGGGCUCAGAUAUUUCCUUCGUAGAUAUCCAAGCUGCGCCUUGGAUUGUUCGGCUCAGUCGAGUUCUGAAACCCUACCGUGGCUGGCCGGACCCUGAGGCAGGUAGCCGAUGGGCCGCUUGGGUUAACGCCCUUGAAACCAACGAACACGUCCGAGCAACGACCAGCACCGAUGAGCUCUACCUGGACAGCUAUGAACGAUAUGCCCGUAUGUAA